GAAAGAUGGCAGCUGAGGAAUCAACAUCGACAACGAAAUCGACAUCGAAAUUAUCUGGUCCACUGCUAUUCCUGUUACUGGGCAUUGGCAUUGGCUAUCUGAUAACUCAAGUGUUCCUCUGGCCGAUUUUUAACUUGAGUUCACGAACGAAUCUCACGCUAAACAUCACGAGUAAACGCGAUGUCGAUUUGUAUGAGGAGGUGCGGGUCUUGUGUUUCGUAUAUACGAAGUCAAGCCAACACCAUUUGGAGGCCAUGGGAGUUUUUCGUACGUGGGGAAAACGGUGCAAUAAGCUGGUGUUCAUGAGUGACAAGGAAGAUACCGAAAUGGGAGCUAUCAACCUGCCUGGCAAUGGCAAACGCAUAGAGACGUGGAGGAAAACAAAACAGGCCCUGAAGUAUAUCUACGAUUAUCACUUGGACGAGGCCGAUUGGUUCCUGGAGGCCGAUACAAGGACCUAUGUCAUAAUGGAGAACCUGCGACAAAUGCUCUAUCCCUACAGCUCGUCGAUGCCCAUUUAUUUCGGGUCCCCAGGCAUUGUGAUGAGUCGAGCUGCUUUGCGGCGCUUUGUAGACCUGUCCUUGCCCAAUGCAACGCUCUGCGAGCCCAAGGACACGGGAGCCACAAUGGGCAAGCUAAGGGAGUGCCUCAAUAACGCCAAAGUCAUGGCGGGUAACUCUAGGGACAUCAAAGGACGGCGACGGAUGUACCUGAUAGACCCGCAGGCUAGAUUGAAUGCCUAUUUACGCUACGAUCCCAAUUACUGGUUCUGGCAGUACAUCGCCUACAGGAACCAAGAAGGAACUUUCUCUUGGUCAAACUAUCCCGUUACUUUUCACUAUGUUCAGAACAGGAAUAUGUUUUAUUUCGAGUAUAUGAUCUACAGACUGAAGGGAUUCGGUCACAAACUCAUCAACGAAUCAUUGCCAGCUAAAAUAGUUGAAGCCAAAGAAGCAGAAAUUACGGCCGGGAGAUGAUUCCCAAGAAGAUCCGCCUGCUAAGUAUGCAUAUUAGUUCAAUGGCUUUUAACUGGUCGCGGCUUUACUUUUACUUUUUACAAGCAAAAUAUAUUGGGGGAAUUCGGUAAUAUUCGGGGAAAGAGAUCAGAGCUUGUUACCAUCUUCCCAUAUUAAAUAUUCUCUGAAAUUCGA